AUGAUGUUGAUUGCUUCUUGGACCACCAGCUCGGUCGCGGUGGCCGCACUGGCCUCGAGCUGGAUCCAGGGCACCGUGGGAGAGAACACGCCACCUAUUUGCCUGGCACGCGACUGGAGAGAGGCCGAGGCUGGUUUCAUUCAGUGGCCUGUUUGCGUUGAGACGCGGUGGCAACGGACGCCAGAACUAGACUCCCACACCGCUACUGAGGGGCCGACUAAGGGCGAAACCGAUGCAGUCAAAAUUUCGGAGACUCCGGCGUCUGCACCGACGGAACGGCAGGACCACGAGCUGGACACCGACUCGCUCCUGGACAACGCCAAUUUCUUGUCGUUCGAAGACUGGAAAAAGCAGAAUUUAGCCAAGGCCGGACAGUCGGCUGAUGUCGGAGGAAGCAGACAUGCAGGCGCGGCCGGUAAGGAAGACCGCCGACGGCCCACGGGGAUCAACAAUGCGUUGGACUCGCUCGGGGAUGAUGGCGAGAUCGAGCUCGAUUUCGGCGGGUUCGGUGCAGACACGGCCGAAACUGCGAGGCCGACGUCAUGGGCGCCUGAGGCGCGGAAGACAGACGGCGAUGACGACGCCCGCGAGAAGGCGGACCAGGAGCAAGCAGACUCCCUUGCGUAUGGCAUAUCGCGGGCGGGUAUAUCUCGUCGAAAGGACGCCGGGACCACGUGCAAGGAGCGGUUCAACUAUGCGUCGUUCGAUUGCGCGGCUACGGUGCUUAAGACCAACUCCGAGUGCAAAGGCUCGUCAUCGGUGUUGAUCGAGAACAAAGAUAGCUAUAUGCUGAAUGAGUGUCGCGCCAACAACAAGUUCUUGAUCCUGGAAUUGUGCGAUGACAUUCUGGUGGAUACGGUGGUCCUGGCCAACUACGAGUUUUUCAGUUCCAUCUUCCACACCUUCCGGGUCAGCGUCUCUGAUCGGUACCCGGCCAAGCUGGAUCAAUGGAGGGAGCUUGGAAUCUACGAGGCCAGGAAUACGCGUGAGGUGCAGGCAUUUGCAGUUGAAAACCCGCUCAUUUGGGCUCGGUAUCUGAAGAUCGAAUUCCUGACUCACUAUGGCCAUGAAUUCUACUGCCCGCUCAGUUUGAUCCGGGUGCACGGCACCACGAUGAUGGAGGAGUACAAGCAUGAUGGCGAGGGCGGCCGAGUGGACGACGAUGUCUCCGAGGAAUCGCUUGAACCGAGUCCCGUGGACCACGAUGUGAAGUCGGAGGAGAGCGCGGGCUCUUUCACGCAGGAAACCGAGACAGUCCCGGCAGAAGAACCAGACCCGAUAGUUUCGGAUGAAGUUGUUUGCUUCAAUCCGGCCGGAGAGAUCGAGGUCCAACUACUGCCAGCGCCCUGGAGCACCAUAGACACUUGCAGUGCGCAGGGCGCCUCAACCGACCCGGUUGAAUUAGUCGGAGAUGUGACCGCGACGCACCAGAACCCCCCGCGCACGAGCGAGGCACCAAUCACCCGCACAGAGGCACCUGCGCCCCCAGUAACGGCUUCAGAUGUCCCUACGGCGGAGGCCGUUGGAGAGGCGAAGUCUACCGCUUCUGCGGAAACGACCGUAGUGCCUUCCCCUGCUUCGUCUCCGCCACCGCCGUCCCCGGACCCUGCAGUGCAGAAUGCAACCGCCGAAUCUGUGCCGCGAGCUACCGGUACGAUGGCGAAGGAUGAGCCCAGUGGUGGAUCGGAGUCGGUGCGUCCGGCGGUGGUUCAGCCUCCGUCGCCAAAUCCAACGACGCAGGAGUCCUUUUUCAAAUCGGUCAACAAGCGGUUGCAGAUGCUGGAGUCUAAUUCCACGCUCUCGCUGCUGUACAUCGAAGAACAAUCCCGCAUUUUGCGCGAUGCUUUCAGCAAGGUCGAGAAGCGGCAAUUGGGGAAAACCUCGACGUUUCUGGAGAAUCUGAACGUGACGGUUCUGAACGAGUUGAAACAGUUUCGUGAGCAAUACGACCACGUCUGGAAGAGCGUUGCGCUGGAAUUCGAGCACCAGCGGAUUCAAUACCACCAAGAACUAUCUUCCAUCAGCACGCAACUCGGCGUGCUCGCCGACGAGCUUGUAUUCCAAAAGCGCGUUUCUGUCAUCCAGAGCAUCAUGGUCCUCUUUUGCUUCGCGCUGGUGCUCUUUUCGCGCAGCGCAGUUGGCAGCUACAUGGAAUUCCCCAGCGUACAGAACAUGGUGUCUCGGUCCUACAGUCUACGAUCUUCAUCACCCCUGUUUGGUUCCCCGUCGAUGAGUCCCAGCUCGACUCGACCGACCUCGUCCCAUCGGGGGCAGGGUCAUCGACGAAACCUGUCGGACGAUUCGCAGGACGGACCGCUCAGCCCGACUACCGCCUACGCACCGCCCACGCCCCCCUCGGAGCCUACCAGCCCGGAAGCGGAGGAGACAGAGGUGGGCAUUGCGACCGUGGACGACAUGGAUGCCGAAGUGGCACCGCCAUUCCGAUCGCACAGCAGUCCGCCGGUGUUGACGGCAGACGAGGAAUUGGCGGAUGACGCGAGCGUGGAAUCCGGGGAGUCGGUGGCGGCAGCAAUGACCCCAGCGACCAAGGUGCGAGACGGGUGA